CCGCACCGCAUAAAGCGGCAGACGCACCGGGUGCCCCGCAGCCGCUCGGGCCGGUCGCCGCUGCGGAGAAGCUGCUCCGAUGCUCCAGAGCGGCCAUGGUCGUCCCGCACUGGUGGGACCAUCUGCGGGCUGGCAGCUCGGAGGUGGAUUGGUGCGAGGACAACUACACCAUCGUGCCUGCCAUCGCCGAGUUCUACAACACGAUCAGCAACGUCUUGUUUUUCAUUUUACCGCCCAUCUGCAUGUGCCUGUUCCGCCAGUACGCGACGUGUUUCAACAGCGGCAUCUACUUAAUAUGGACUCUCCUAGUUGUAGUGGGAAUUGGAUCUGUCUACUUCCAUGCAACUCUCAGUUUCCUGGGUCAGAUGCUCGAUGAACUUGCCAUCCUUUGGGUUCUGAUGUGUGCUUUGGCCAUGUGGUUUCCCAGGAGGUAUUUACCAAAGAUCUUUCGGAACGACAGGGGCAGGUUCAAGGCGGUGGUGUGUGUCCUGUCUGCAGUUACAACGUGCCUGGCGUUUGUCAAGCCCGCCAUCAACAAUAUCUCUCUGAUGACUCUAGGGGUCCCAUGCACUGCCCUGCUCAUUGCAGAACUGAAGAGGUGUGACAAUGUCCGUGUGUUUAAGCUGGGGCUCUUCUCCGGCCUCUGGUGGACCCUCGCCCUCUUCUGCUGGAUCAGUGACCGAGCCUUCUGUGAGCUGCUCUCCUCCGUCCACUUCCCGUACCUGCACUGUGUGUGGCACAUCCUCAUCUGUCUUGCUGCAUACCUGGGCUGCGUGUGCUUUGCCUACUUUGAUGCUGCCUCAGAGAUCCCCGAGCAAGGUCCAGUUAUCAGAUUCUGGCCCAGCGAGAAAUGGGCCUUUAUUGGUGUCCCCUACGUGUCCCUCCUGUGUGCCCACAAGAAGUCGUCGGUCAAGAUCACAUGAUGACAAGGCAGUGGCCGGCGUCUCUAACUUGUUUCUCUUCCUGCACUGGGCUUCAUUUGCUAGCAAAGAUAGCCACGGGGCAGGGGGUUGAAGCAUUGGUGUGGGUGUGUCUGUUUAAAAUUCUGUUCCUUUGGGCUCUAACUGGACCACUGUGCCUGGGGGAGGAGGUCCAACUUUUCCCAGGAUGGGGGAUGGAGAGCUCAGGGAUAGUAAGUGUGUGUUGCUCAGCAUUCCAUCCAGGCAUAUGGGCUUGCUGGGUUACGUCCCUGACGGCAGUGGCAGAGUAGUUCUUUGGGAGACCCGGGGUAGCUUCUUGCUGGAGAAGGCUGCUUGCUGUAGGUCCCACCGUCUCCAGGCUCUCUGAUUACGCAGGAGUCAGCCCCUCUGAGACACAAGACCUUCUGAUUUUGUGAUGGAAAGCACCGGAGCUUUCCAGUUACAGGAGAGACAUUGUCCUUCAGCACAACCGAGUGGACAGAACACACAUGGGGGCUUGUGGCUGAGGGGGUGGGCUUGUCACCUGCACCUCUCAGCUUUCCCAGGUUUCCCACGAGCUCGUGGAUCCUUCAACCACUACCUCUAAGAUAUGGAGACUUGGCAUCAGAGGGCAGAGUCAGUAACACCCUCUAAGCCAAAACCUGCACUCCACUUUAAGCAAAUAUUAAAUAUUGACACUGUUCCUGCUUUUCCUGAAGCUCAGGAGCCUCAACCCCACAGACAACUGCUCUGGCGUGAAGACUCCACACACAGCCCCUCUGCUUGCCACCACUUGACCUCUUGUGAGAGCACCAACAGCUCAUUUCAGUCACAGAGGCAGUCUGGGUUUGACUGGGGAGUGUGCGUGAAGCUUUGGGAAAGUUUCUCACUGGAAACUUCGAGGAUGUCAUUACCUCCAAGACUCGGACCCCAUUCCUCUGCUGUUCCUAGGGAAUGCAGACUCCUGGGGCAUGUGGGACUCCUGGGGGAUGUGGG